AUGGCCAAGAAGAGCAAGGCACCCAAGGUGGCGGUCACCGGCCCUGAUGGGAAGGUGAGGGAGAUCUCCCAGAAGGGCAUGCGCAUCCUGAAGCGCAAGGCCGAGAAGAGGGCGCGCAAGGAGGCCAAGAAGGCGGCCAUGGAGGCCAAGAAGGCGCGCAAGGCUGCCAUUGCCAACGGCACCGCGCCGCCCACGCCCCCCGAGGCCGCCCCCGCCAAGCCGGCCAAGGUGCUGGACGAGGCGGCGCUGGAGAAGCGGCGGGAGAAGCGGCAGCGCAAGAAGGAGCGCCAGCAGCGGCGCAAGCUGGAGCGCGAGCAGAAGGAGGCGGAGAUGAGGGCCAAGCGCCCUCCCAAGAACAAGGACAAGUACAACAAGGAGAAGCGCAAGGAGAUGAACGAGAGGAGGAAGGCGCUCAAGGCAGCGGGCAUGUGGAUCCACAGCAAGACGGCAGUCCCCCCGCCGCUGCCCGCCAGCAGCCCCGCGGCGCCUCCCAGCGGCAAGAAGGGCAAAAACAAGCGCAAGCGGCAGGAGGAGGAGGAGGGCAAGGCUGCAGCGGAGGCGCCUGCGGGGGCGGCAGUGGCAUCGCCCGAGGAGCAGCAGCCUGCGGCGCAGAACGGCAAGAAGAGCAAGAAGGAGAAGAAGGGGAAGAACAAGGGCCAGCAGCAGGCGGAGGCUGCGGCGCCGCCUGCGCAGCAGCAGGAGGAGGCCGCGGCUCCGGAGGAGGCCGCGGCUCCGGCAGCGGAGCAGCAGCCUGCACCCGAGAGCGGCAAGAAGGAGAAGAAGGGGAAGAAGAAGGGCCAGCAGCAGAUGGAGGCUGCGGCCACGGCUGAGCAGCAGCAGGAGGAGGCCGCAGCUCCAGCAGCGGAGCAGCCUGCACCCGAGAGCGGCAAGAAGGACAAGAAGGGGAAGAAGAAGGGCCAGCAGCAGGCGGAAGCUGCGGCGCCGGCUGAGGAGCAGCAGGCGGAGGCGGCGGCGCCGGCUGCGGAGCAGGAGACUCUGCCGGAGAGCGGCAAGAAGAAGAAGAAGGAGAAGAAGAAGAAGGGACAGCAGCAGGAGGCAGACGCCACUGGCGAGGAGGCCGCCGCGGAUCCGCCAGCGGCGGCGGCCGCCGAGGGCGACGACGAGCAGCCAGCGCAGCAGAACGGCGGCGGCCCCGCAAGCGGCGGCAAGCCGGGCACCGCUGCGCGCGCCUUCCAGCGCGUGAAUGCCGAGGAGUGGCUGGACAAGAAGGGGGCAUGGGACAACAGCUACGAGGGCACGUUUGGGCAGGAUGGGUGGGGCUGGAAGGCGCAGGAGGUGCUGGGCAAGGUGCGCGGCAAGGACUUCCGCCACGAGAAGACCAAGAAGAAGCGGGGCAGCUACAAGGGCGGCGAGAUCAACCCCAACGCCACCUGCUCCUACAAGUUCGACAACUCAGUUUCCGUCGACUCCGCGACGGCCGGCUUCUUUGAGGCCGGUCGGGACGGCACUGGCAGCUGCGGGUACUCCGCCUCGAGCCUCAGCAACUGGGCUGACGGCACGGUUGCGCUCUCCCCAAACUCCUCUAUCGCCCUUCAGACCUCCCCCUUGGCCGGAUGUGGCGCCUGCCUGCUCGUGACGGCUGAGUGUGGCGUUGGAGACGCCGCCGCCACCUGCCUGGCAGCCAACAUAACUGCGGUGGUGGUUGACACCUGCGCCACCUGCGCCGCCGACGCCAUCAGCCUGGACUCUUCGUCCUUCCAGCUGCUCGGCGGCCGCCUGGCGGUCGGCUCCCUGCCCGUCACCUUCUCCCCCGUGGACUGCCACCCCGCCUCCAACAUCUCCAUCCACUUGACUGACUACCGUGUGGCGGCAGGGGGGUGGAUGCGCCUGGCCCUCGUCGACGUCGCCGGCGGCGGCGGGAUCGCAAGCGUGGAGCUGCGCCAGACACCACUGGCGGCUGGCCGCCUGGACCUGGUGGCCUCCGCCUGGCGCCGCAUGCACAACAUGCACGGCGCCUCCUGGGAGCUCAGCGGCCUCCCCGCCCCGCCGCUGGACCUGCGCAUCACCGACAACACCAACCGCCAGCUCCUGGCCAGGGAGGCAAUCACCGAGGCGGGCAAGCUGGGCCGGUUUGCCACCGCGGUGCAGUUCCCCCUCAGCUCCUCGCCCCAGAGCAUCGCAGCCGCCACCGCCGCGGCGCUGGCGCUGCCGGAGGCCGCCGCCGAGCUGGUGCCUGGCGAGGGAGCGGGGCUGGCUGGCACCAGCAUGCCAGAUGGGGCGGCGGACUCCAGCCUGCUACCCAGCGCCGAGCCUCGGGCGCUGGUGGCAAAGGAGGCGCCGGCGGCAGAGGAGGUGCAGGGUGGCGAGGAAGCGCAGCCGCUGGAUGGCAACCUGGGCGAUUCGGAGGGCGCCGGCUGCAAUGCCACCACGCUGCUGGGCGUGCUGGAGGGCAGCCGCGCCUUCACCAUCUUCCUGUCGCUGGUCCGCACGGCAGGGCUGGAGGAGGCGCUCGCCGACCCCGCCACCUCCCUCACCCUCUUUGCUCCCACCAACUCGGCAUGGCUGACCGCCGUUCGCAGCUGGCCGCUGCUGAAGUACGACCAGGACGCGCUGCGCAAUGUACUGCUGCAGCACGUCAUCAUGGGCCGCCACACCGCAAACAGCUUCCACGCCCAGCUGGAGCGGUACGACACCCUGGCGGGCGGUUUCCUGUCCAUCAAGGCCGCCGGCAGCCGCCUGAUGAUAGUCAGCCAGGCCAGCGCGGGCGCCACGGUGCGGAAGGACAUCGGGGCGGAGCCGGGGUGCGGCGGCGGCGGCGGCGGCGCGGGGGUGGCGCACGCCGUGUCCAGCGUGCUCAUGCCCACGCUGGGCAGGAGGCGGCUGCGCUGA